UCCAUUAUCAAUAAUUGUAUAAAAUAAGAUAAUGGAUAUAUCGACAUUUAACGAGAAUGAUUUUGAUCCAAUCGAUUUUAUUAACAAGAUCUGUAGGUCCGAAGAGGCGCGUGCGAAUAUUGAGGCUCAUCUUUCUUCAAUUUUGAUGAAAUUGCAAUUAUACAUCCAACAAGUUCAUGUAUCACUUGAAGAAACAAACCAAAAUGUCUUAUCUAAUAUGCCAAAAGUUCUUCGAGAUACUCAGCUGCUACAACAAGAAGCACAAGCUCUAAAAAAUAAAAUGCAAACUGUUAGAAUGGAAUUAGAAAAUGUGAAAAAAGAUACUUCUUCAAUUUAUGUAUUAAUGAAAUUAGAUAAGUUGAAGGCACAAACAAUAAGUAAUGCGACAUGCAUAAAUGAAGAUAAUACCUGGUCCAUAUUAAUUCAUGAUAUCGAUAGUGUAUUUGAAUCGGAAAAUGAAGAAACUAUAGCGAAAACGUUAUAUAGUAUGAAGCAGUCAUUAUCUUCAUUAAAUGAUUCAACUGAUUUUAAGAAUAAAAAGUCACAACUAGAAGAAUUGAAAAAUCGACUGGAAAUCAUGAUCAGACCAAAACUUAUGCAAGCUUUCACUUCAGGAAGUUUGGACGAAUCAAAAAUUUAUGUAGAUAUUUUUUUGAAAAUGGAUCGCUUAACUGAAGUAAUUAAAUAUUAUCAUAACUGUCAGAAGUUUGUAUUAAUUCAAGAAUGGAAAAAAAUUAUUGAAUUUGCUCAAGAUAAAAACAUUUCAUAUUGGUUACAAGUUUACUAUGAUAAAGUGGUAUCUGUAUUACACGAUCAGGUAAAAUGGUGUAAUCAAGUCUUCCCAAAUUUCACGUUAACAACACUGGUCGAAUUAUUCGCCGACUUACUACAUUCUUUGAACCCCAGUAUCGUAGAAUGUAUUGAUUCAACAUUAAAACAACAUUCAAAUUCUAUAAAAUUGAUGACUCUUAUGGAACUGAAACAGAGAAGUCAUUACUUUGCCUCGAACAUAAAAGCCAUAUUGGAAGCAGAAUCACUAGAUCGAAUCCCAGUUGACAAAGUUUUAUCAUUGGCUCAAAUCAUUUAUAUACCAUAUGUACCGUAUAUCUCCAAAUAUGGAAUGUACGAGAUUUCAUAUUUAUGUCAGCAGCUAGAGGGAAUUGAAUUUGUACAUGAAGAUCUAAAAGACACAAUUAACGCCAUAUCACAUAGCCUUACUAAAAUCAUGGAUUAUGCUAAUGAAGCAAAUACAAGAUGCAAUAUAUUUACUAACGGAUGUGGUUAUCCGUAUUUGAUUAAAACAUUCGAUAUAUAUUUUAAUAAUUAUUUAAAACAAUUUAAAUUAGCAUUGAAACAAUUAAAUAAACGUAAAGUCAAAUAUGAAGAUUGGAAUUUAUUUCAAAUGUGUUUAACAAUGAUGCAAACUACAGGAGAAUUUUUUAGACUUGUUGAACAAUUUGAAGAAAACUUGUUUACUAAUGUAAUAAAUUCAUACAUUAUAUUGCAAAACCCAACAAAAAGUGUUUUUGAACAAUAUAUAAAUUUACUUUUAAUACCAGCUACACAGAUAGAAUUUCAAGAAUUUGUUACAAGUAUUCAAAAAGAAGAAAAAUCAAUUUUGAAUUCAACAUUAAAAUCUAUUCAAAGCCUUUGUAUAGAUCUACAUCGAUCAACGUAUGAAGUUAUAUUUGCUCCAAUUUUUACACAAUUGCUUCAAAUUAAAAAAGCACCUGCUUGGUCAAUGAAUUUAGAUAAAGGAUCUUUUUUAAGUUUGGAUUUACCUGACUAUAGCUUUGCUCCACAAGAAUAUAUAACUCAAGUGGGACAAUAUUUAAUGACACUACCUCAACAUCUGGAACCAUUUUUAUUAAAAGACAAUCCAAGUUUAACAAAAGCAUUAAAGAUAGCAGACUCACGAUAUAGUGAAGAUCCUUGUGAAUCUGGUUUUACAAAUAUUUUAUUAGAGAUUGUAGCAAAAGAAAUUUGUCAAAUGUUUCAAGAUCAAACUUGGAGUAUAUGUGAAUUAAAUACUACUGCUUGCAAACAACUUGCAACUGAUAUUGAUUAUCUUGGAAAUAUUCUGGAAGAACUUGGUUUAUCUUUAUCUGAAAAUUUACAACAAAUGUCUCAAUUACUUAGACUAUCACCUGAAAACUAUUAUAGCGGUAGUUUUGGAUGUAAUGCACAUGUUGUAGCUACUGUAAGGCAGAUGAGAAAUAUUACUUCAUCUUUAUGAAUUGUAUAAGUUGUCAUAUAUUAUAAUUUUAUAAUUGACUUCAAUUUUAUUAAUAAAGAUAUAAUUUAGAAA